UAAUAUAAAUUCACAAAAAAUCAAACGCAACAGCAGAACCAGCAGACCUAAUCCCCAAGCCAAAAACCCCAUACAACCCCGAUAAUCACUUCACCAGGAAACCCUAGAAUUCGCUGGAAAAUGUCAGCUGUAGUUUGCGGGAGCAAGAGAUCCUUCAUGCUGGAGGAUCUUCCAUCGCCUCCUGUAUCUAAAAGGCUUCGAUGCAGUUCCUCUUCUUCUUCACCUGUUCGCUUCUCUCCUUCCCCCCCUCUCCAUCAGCUCAGGGCUCUUUUCCCGCACGUCGAUUCUCAGCUUCUUGAGAGAGCACUUUUUCAAUCUUCUAACGAUUUGGACUCUGCUAUCAAGAGCCUGAAUGAGCACUGUUUAGAAUCUGCAGAUCAUAAUUCAAAUUCUGCUGAAGAAGCUAGUCUAAAUGAGCAAGGUGUGUUAAUUUUUUACAUCUAUUUGCUUCUUGUGGAAAUGAUCAAUUUUAGUUAUGGGAUUCAUGUGAUGAUUCAUUGUCUAGAGCAGUUUAUUGUUUUGAUGGAGCUGCAUUUAGCUUUGCAGUGUGAAAAUGGCAUGAUCAGUAGAACCAAAUUGUCACUUACAGUUAUGAGCAUCAUAUGGUAUUCUAUAUCAGAAAAGACAUUCACAGCUCCUAUCAAAUUGACAGGUACUUUGACCAAUGAUGGAGAUGCUACUCCUUCUGAGAAUACAUCAGUGCCAAACAAGCUUCCUGUGGAUGGUGCAGAAUGGGUGGACUUGUUUGUGAGAGAAAUGAUUAGUGCUACUGGUGUUGAAGAUGCCAGAGCCCGUGCGUCAAGGGUGCUGGAGAUUUUGGAGAGAUCUAUCAGUAAGAAUGCUGCUGAAAAUGCAGCUCAGAGUUUACAGAAGGAAAACCUGAUGCAAAAAGAGCAUAUUGAAGUUCUGAUGCGAGAGAACUCCAUCCUGAAAAGAGCUGUGUCUAUCCAGCAUGAACGUCAGAAAGAGUUUGAAGAUAAACAUCGGGAGUUGCAGCAGUUGGUAUCUCAAUAUCAACAGCAGAUAAAAACUCUUGAGAUGAACAACUACGCGUUGAUGAUGCAUUUGAGACAGGCCCAGCAAAGCAGUCCCAUCCCAGGGCGUUUCCAUCCUGAUGUCUUUUAAUAAAGAUGUGAACCAAUAUAUGAUUUGAUAUAUUAGCAAAUUCACGCUUUGUUGCAACUGCAAUUUGUGUUGGGCUUGGCAUAAGUUGUGCGUGUUAAGCAAGUAGAGUUUGUCAUGUAUGUUUCCCUAUUUUCAGUGGAUAUGAGAGGCCACUAGCCCAGUGUGGCAUUUUAUAAAGGAAAAAAAUUAAUUGGUUUUCUUUUAAA